AUGAAAGUAAAGUUAUUUUUAGUUUUUUUAUUGGUUUUGGUUUUUGUAGAGUUCAGUAUAGGAACAGAUUUUAGUGCAGAUUUGGAUUCAUACUCAGCAAUUACAGCCGAUCCAACAAGCAGCACAAAGUUAUUGAAUUUGGUAGCACAAGAAGCAGUUCCAGCACAUGGAGGGAAUAGGUUCACUGAUAUUGGUGAUGCUUUGGCAACGAAACAUGUUAUUGACAAAAUCAACUCAUAUACUCCUCAAAAUUUGGAGGUUGCUGAAAGGUAUGCAGCUAAUAUGGUAGCAAUAAGUAAGCUUAGAGAAGAAAUAUACAUGGAUUCUAAAGAAUAUCACGAGUCUAUUAAACUGCAGUUGGAAGCUAUUCCAGAGAGUAAAAAACUUAAAGAAAUAUUAAAAUCUUCUGAGGCAAAGAUGAAAAGAUCUGAAGAAAAAUAUUUAGAAUCAAAAAAAGCAGCUGAAAGAUCUCUUGAAAUUUAUAUGAGAUUUAUAAGACCAACAACAGAAAAUGUUUUGGUUAAAGCAGAAGCAACUGAAGGAAAAGGAUUGAAAAUAGCUCAUGCAGAGUUAUCAAAUAUGGAGUCAAUUUCACUACCAGAUAUGGAUACAAGUGGAUAUGAACCUUUAGAUGCAGAUGCAUCAUUAUUAAGUAUUGCUGAAAGUGUUUUACCUCCAGAAGAAACUAAGGAAAGUUUGAUUAAUAAGGCUUUGGAAAAGAUUUCAGCAACAAUUGAGGAAGAUUUUUUAAAUAAUAAUAAUUCGGAUGAAAAAGUUGAUAACUCUAAUAAGAAGUUGGUUGUUGAACAUUUAGCGGUUAGUGAUGACGAUGAAGACAUUGGUGAAGAGGAAGAUGAUGAUCCAAAUUUUGAUAUUAGAGAUAAAAAAGUGGUAAAUAAGGAAACAAAGGAUGUUUCCAUUAAUAAACCGGAUGCAUCAUCACAAAUUGGAAAAAGCGAGGAAAUAUUCGGAAGCACAUUGACGGAUUCUAAUGAUUUAAUUAACAGUGAUUACGAUUCAGAAGAUUUGGGAGCAAGCGUGGAAGGAAACAACAAAAAUGAUAAAGUUUUGGCAUCUAUUCCAUCUUCUAUUUCUGCUUCAUUUCCUUCAACUGUUGAUCCAACUAACAAUAAUAAGAGAAUUAUUGUAAUCCCUGGAGGAACUACUUUAAGUGGCAAAGUUCCAGAACAUUUUCAAUAUAUUUUCAGAAGAAGCUAUAUAUUAUCUUAUAUAGCUUCUAUCUUUGUAGAGUCAUAUGUAUUGCCACAAUUCUUUACAGAAAAUCCUGAAAUUAAGUUGUAUUCAUUCUUUAGAAUAAAGAGAACUUUUAUAUCGCAUAUAUUAUUUGGCUUAGCAAGUAAAUACAGAAUCAUUUUCAAGGAAUUACAAAAACUACCUUUUGUUUACAAAGAUUCAGAAUUAAAGGAAAAGAUUGAAAAAGUUGUCUUUGAUUUAUCCACAACAAAUCUUCUUCUUCAAAAUGCUUUAUCUGAUUCUCAAGAAAAUUACAGGAAUGUUGCAAAUUUAUUGGUUGAAUUCCCAUUUAAUGUAAGAGAAACCUUUUCAAAAUUUUCUGCUGCUAUUCGAGUAAAUUAUCCAAAUACUGAUUAUUCAUUUAUAAUGAAUCAAUCAGUCUAUUCUGCUCCCAGAGCACUCUUUCCAGAACUUUCUUCUUCAGGACUUGAAAGUUUGAAAUUUUUUGACAAAGAACUCUCAUCAAAGCUUGAAAUAUUUGAUAUUAAACAAUCUUUAAGUGAUUUAAAGGAGUCUCAAUCAUGGAUAAAGGAUUAUGUCUUAAGGAAUGCUGCCUAUAGACAUUACCAGUUUGAAAAGAACCAUAAUAUUCGUCCAUACUUUGAUUUCGCUCAGUUUAAUAUCAAUUUAGUACCUCAAGUUGAAGAGAUUUUAAAGAAAUCAUCUUUUAAAAAAAACUAA